CUUUGGAUCUUCUCAAGCUUUUUCUAGACGUACGAAAUGCUUUUUAUCACACAAAUUAAAGAAUACCUUCAUUACCAAGUUUUUCUUUUCAUUUCCUUGCCCCCUUCCACCCAUUUUCAUUUUUCCCCUCACUAUAAAAUCUCACACUUCUCCUGACAUUUUCACCAAUCCCAAUCAAGAACAAGAACAAGGAAAAGUGUGGUACAGAGACGUCUAGUCCACAUUACCAUAUCUUUAAAUAAAAAGUAAUUAUAUUAGUCUUUUUGGGCUAAGUUGGAAUGGUGAAGUUGACGAUAAUUGGACGGGUGAGUGAUGGGUUGCCGCUUGCCAAAGGUCCAAGAUAUGUGCAUGAAGAAAAUGAGAUUUUCACCACUUACAAGCAACAAGGAGAGUUCAUUCUCAAAGAAAUCUCAAGAGGAGACUUGAUUUCUUCUUCCAAGAUGACCAUCCGUGUGGACCACCAUUGCUUCAGGAUAAUGGUUGCAAAUGGAGUCUGUUUCAUGGCACUGUGUGAUUCAUCCUAUCCAAGAAAGCUAGCAUUCCUUUACCUCCAAGAUUUACAGCAGGAAUUUGACAAGCUAGAUAGGAGGCAAAUGGAGAGAGUUGUCAAUCCAUAUAGCUUUCUCAAACUUGAUACCAUCAUUGGUAAUAUCAGAAGGCAAUAUGUUGAUACAAGGACACAGGCAAAUAUAUCCAGGCUGAAAACUGGAAUUGGUGAAAAAGAUCUUGAUGUCAUUGCAGAAGACUUGCCAGAAAUAGUAAACCGAAGGCGAAGGCUUGAUAUGCUGGAGACUAUGAUGGCCGCCAAUCUGAGUGAUUCUCCAAUCUGGGGGUCUAAAAAGCUUGAGACCAUUGCUCUGAAAUGGACACCGGUCACUAUCCUCGUUGUGGUUACUGUUGUUCUCCUGUGGAGCAGUUCUGUUCACAGGGAAGAAUUCCAAUGACUGGUUUUUAAGGUUGUUUUGUUGUACUGCUUCCAAUGAAAUGAUGCAAAAGAUAUACAACUAGUUUAAGGUCUCAGAUUAUUGCAUUUGAAUGUGUACAGAUAGAUACAGAAGAAUUAAUUAGACCUUUUUUUCUUACAGACUUUCA